AUGGCCUCUCGGGGCCUGGGGGGCCUGAGCGGGAGCCGCGGCGGUGGUGGAGGAGGCGGCAAGAAGAGCCUGAGCGCCCGCAACGCUGCGGUGGAGCGGAGGAACCUGAUCACCGUGUGCAGGUUUUCUGUGAAGACCCUGAUCGAUCGAUCUUGCUUUGAGACAAUUGAUGAUUCUUCUCCUGAGUUUAACAAUUUUGCAGCUAUUUUGGAACAGAUUCUAAGUCACCGGCUAAAAGGUCAAGUCACCUGGUUUGGCUAUGAAAGUCCUCGGAGCUUCUGGGAUUAUAUCAGAGUGGCUUGCCGCAAAGUUUCACAGAACUGCAUCUGCAGCAUUGAAAAUAUGGAAAACGUCAGUUCCUCCAGAGCUAAGGGUAGAGCCUGGAUCAGAGUGGCACUCAUGGAGAAGCAUUUAUCCGAGUAUAUCUCCACAGCUCUGCGGGACUUCAAAACAACCAGGAGAUUUUAUGAAGAUGGAGCAAUUGUCUUGGGUGAGGAAGCAAAUAUGCUUGCUGGCAUGCUGCUUGGACUCAAUGCUAUUGAUUUCAGCUUUUGCCUCAAGGGAGAGGGAUUGGACGGCCACUUUCCUGCUGUUAUAGACUAUACACCAUAUCUGAAGUUUACCCAAAGUUCUGAUAGUAUCAGCAGUGACGAGGAGGAGCUGAGGACUUUGGGAAGCAGUGGUAGUGAAAGCAGCACUCCAGAGAAUGUGGGGCCUCCAUUCAUCACGGAUGAGAACAGUUGGUUCAACAAAUGUAAGAGAGUUAAGCAGAAGUACCAGCUUACCCUGGAACAGAAGGGUUAUCUUGAAGAACUCUUAAGACUUCGAGAGAACCAACUGUCUGAAUCCGUCUCCCAGAAUAAAAUACUACUUCAAAGGAUUGAAGACUCUGAUCUGGCCCAUAAAUUAGAGAAAGAACAAUUAGAGUAUAUAAUUGUGGAACUUCAAGAUCAGCUGACUGUGCUAAAGAAUAAUGAUUUAAGAUCAAGACAAGAGUUAACUGCCCACCUCACCAACCAGUGGCCUUCCCCAGGAGCUCUGGAUGUCAAUGCUGUUGCCUUGGAUACGUUGCUUUACCGAAAACACAAUAAACAGUGGUAUGAGAAAAGUUAUCAAAGUCUUGACCAGUUAUCUGCAGAAGUUAGCCUUUCUCAGACUUCCCUUGAUCCAGGCCAGUCACAAGAAGAUGGAAAACAAGAUACAUUAAACUUAAUUGGUGAAGGUAAAGAAGAUACUCCCUCAUUACUUGGUCUCUGUGGGUCUCUAACAUCAGUAGCAAGUUACAAGUCUCUAACAAGCCUAAAAUCUAAUGACUACCUUGCAAGUCCUACAACAGAGAUGACAAGUCCAGGCUUAACUCCAUCCUGAAAAACUAUGGAAAGCCAAAGGUUUUUAUGUUGUAAAUGUUCAAUUUACAUAAGUUUGAC